AUGUGGCUGCUCUCAAUGAUGGAAACAAAGAUGAGAGAGAAAGCUAGAGAGCUCAUCACACAUCAGCUUCUGUAUUGCCGUGCUGGAAUUGGUUUCCAUCUACAGAUUCUGAAGAACGGAAGUGUGGGGGGUGUGCAUGAGCCAUCUGAAUACAACUUACUAAGAGUGUUUGCCAUGAGUCCUGGUGUUGUGGGUAUCCGUGGUGUCAAGAGUGAGCUGUAUUUGUGCAUGAAUAAGGAAGGAAAUGCUCGUGGAAUGAAAGAGUUUUCAAAUGAGUGUCUAUUUAAAGAGCACAUGGAGGAAAAUCACCACAACACCUAUUCCUCUCUGCCCCAUCCAGGGCUGUACCUGGCGCUGUCACAGCAAGGACAGUUGAGGAGGGGUAACAGGGUGGCCCCACACCAGGCCUGCACACACUUCCUGCCUCGCAAACCUCACUUUAAAUAA